AUGACCAAGUUCCACUCGGACGAUUACAUCAACUUUCUCAAGCGUGUGACGCCAGAUAACGCCCGGGAUUAUGUCAAACUCCAGCAGCGCUUCAAUGUCCUCGACGAUUGUCCGGUCUUCGAGGGGAUCUUCGAGUUUUGUCAGAUUUCUGCUGGCGGCUCCAUCGCCGGUGCCAUGAAGCUGAAUCACGGCGAAACCAACUGCGCUGUCAACUGGGCCGGCGGUUUGCAUCAUGCCAAGAAGUGUGAGGCGUCUGGCUUUUGCUAUGUCAAUGACAUUGUCCUGGCCAUCUUGGAGAUGUUGAAAUACCACCAGCGUGUUUUGUACAUCGACAUCGAUGUGCAUCAUGGCGAUGGUGUGGAGGAGGCCUUCUACACCACCGAUCGUGUGAUGACCGUUUCCUUCCACAAGUUCGGCGAAUACUUCCCCGGGACUGGUGAUAUCCGCGAUGUCGGCCACGGCCGGGGUCGGAACUACUCCGUCAAUUUCCCUCUGCGAGAUGGCAUCGAUGAUGCUAGCUACGAGAGCAUUUUCAAGCCGAUUAUCGGCCGCGUGAUGGAGUGGUACCGGCCAGGGUCAAUUGUCCUGCAAUGCGGGGCUGACUCCCUGGCCGGGGAUCGCCUUGGGUGUUUCAAUCUUUCUAGCCAUGGGCAUGCCGAGUGCGUCCGCUACGUACGGAGCUUCGGUCUCCCGACGCUGGUGGUUGGCGGCGGCGGGUAUACCAUUCGUAAUGUCGCCCGCGCGUGGACCGCCGAGACGGCCGUCGUCGUUGGUCGCACCCUGCCGAACGAACUUCCCUUCACCGACUACUUUGAGUACUUUGCGCCAGAGUAUCGUCUGGACGUCCGGUCAACCAAUAUGGAGAAUCUCAACAGCCGGCAGUAUUUGGAGGCCUAUACGGCGCAGAUUAUCGACAAUCUGCGCGAGGUAGCCCACGCCCCGAGUGUUCAGUCGCACAUCACCCCGGGGGACCUGUUGGACCUCAGCGAUCCGGAGGAUGGCGAGUGGGACGGCGAGGGGAGCGACGAGGAGACCGGCUCCGGGUCCGCCGGGGCGCGCAUCUCCGCGUCGACCACCACGCGCCCGCUCAAUUCCAACCCCUUUGCCUUCCACCACUCGCGCGAGGCGGCCGCGGCGGCCAUGAACUUCGAGCGCCUCUCUCUCGGAGCCAACAUGAGCGGUGGCAGCGGGUGGGGCGACACCCCGGGUGGGCAUCCGGUCUUCGGGCUGAACUUGCCGAUGGACUCGGACGAGUUUGCCGAGCGGAUGGACGGCCGUGGCACGCGGCAUGUGCAAAACUACUCCGAGCUGUCUGUGCCCUUCCCUGAGUAG